CAUCAAAAGAUCUCUCGUAGUUCAUCUCUAGUUCCCAUAUCGAACAGACUUCAGAAUGUGGAAACUUCAAGUGCUGGGUCUCUUGGUGCUGGGAUGCUGUGGCGUCCUCUUUGUCUCCGGCGAAUCAGUCCAAACGGAAGGUACAACUGCUGCGAAUAAUGGUGAUGUGGUCACACUGUCGACCGAACUCAAGCCUCCGCCACUUCCGGCUGCGAGUGAACACUAUGGAAUCGUUUACCUGGUCAAUCUCUUCGCCGUCAGAAACAAAACUACUGCCACUUCCGAUGAAAAUGGUGAAAAUACGCUGGCCGAUAGCAGCCCGGAAAUCAUCGGACCCUUAGCUUCUGUACUUCUUCUUGUUGACGAAGAAGACGAUGAAAAAGUCACUUCGGAAAACCUAUCCAAGAAUUUAGGAGAAGACUAUGCUACGGAUGAAAGUACCGAUUCGAAGGAGACCCCGAAGGAGAUUGAAACUGAUGCUAUUGUCUCUGAGAACCGCGAUGUCACAGUAGGUAAAACCAAAAAGCUAAAGAAGAUCCGUAGCAAGAGAACAACAUUCAAAAAAUGCUACUCCUGUGGAGGCGGAGGCGGAGGUGGAGGCGGAUACGGUGGAUACCCCUCAGGUUCUUAUGGUGGAGGUGGCGGAUAUGGUGCUGUUGCAGUCCCCAUAUUUGUUGUGCCUGUUGGCGUGUAUGGCGGCGGUAGAGGUGGAGGCCAAGGACACUACGGAGGCGGAGGUGGAUAUCAUGGAGGUGGUGGAUACGGUCAACAGUUUGGUGGUUAUAACCAAGGAGGAGGCGGAUGGGGUGGUGGCUCUCAGGCUUCGGCACAAGCUUCAGCGCAGUCAUCCAGCUGGUAAAAUUGGCCGAAGAAUGAAGUCGAGUUCACCGUGCCUUUGAGCGUGACGGAGAGUUACUGUUUCAAGGCGAGAGCGGAAGAGCAGCAAUAACGGUGAACGAGAUUGACCAAUUAAUGUUAAUUAGUGCUUCAGUCAGUUAAAAAAUCGUAAGAAAUAAAACAAGAAUUUUUAUUAUGAACGUGAUAUUUUUCACCUCAUAUACCCGCUGCGAGGACUCCGCAACGUUUUUGCAACAGGUGACAUUCUGUCCUGUAUAAGUUACUUGGGAGUCAUCGCUCCUGCGUAAUGAACUCAUUUGGAUUCUACUCUUUCCUUGUUUUAUGCGUAUACACUUAGACAUUAUAUGUUGUAUAUGCACAAUCUCGAGGAGAAUCUUGUUGAAAGUAUAGAUUGACGUAUCCUCUCAGCCAAUUAACAGGCGUCUACUCAAUUACUUCAAAUUUAAUUUCGAAAUUCUCACAAUCCUGAACUUGGCAUCUUUUCGUAUACCCACUGUACUAAUCUUAAGAGAUUCAAUAAAUCAUUAUUUACUUCACUCUUUUGUUUUUAUUACACGUUAUUUCCAUUCACGAGUGUUAGACCCAUGAUCAGACCAUAAAGCGUAACCGAUUAUAGCCUUCCUGUGUGUUUUGUAAUUGAACCUUUACGAGCUUCUAUAAAAUGUUAGACUCGUUUUCCUAUAUGUGACUGUAAUAAAAUCCAACCGAUGAGCGAUUCAUGCGAGACGAAAUUUUAC